AAUAGAUGGCCUUUUAUUAGAACAGAUAUAUAUUCAUAUCAAUCAUAUCAUCAAUAAUUUAGCUUUGAGCCUUUGUCACCUUCAUUCAUCCAAAUAACAGGUCUCUGUUCUAUUCUCCAAUCCAAUGGAGAAAUCUGGGUAUGGAAGAGACGGUAUUUACAGUUCUCUAAGACCACCUCUACACCUCCCCAACAACAACAACCUCUCAAUGGUUUCAUUCCUUUUCAGAAACUCAUCUUCAUACCCACAAAAGCCAGCUCUCAUUGAUUCCGAAACCAACCAAAUACUCUCCUUUUCCCACUUCAAAUCUACGGUUAUCAAGGUCUCCCAUGGCUUUCUCAAUCUGGGUAUCAAGAAAAACGACGUCGUUCUCAUCUACGCCCCUAAUUCUAUCCACUUCCCUGUUUGUUUCCUGGGAAUUAUAGCCUCUGGAGCCAUUGCCACUACCUCAAAUCCUCUCUACACAGUUUCCGAGCUUUCCAAACAAGUCAAGGAUUCCAAUCCCAAACUCAUUAUCACCGCUCCUCAACUCUUGGAAAAAGUAAAGGGUUUCAAUCUCCCCACGAUUCUAAUUGGUCCUGAUUCUGAACAAGAAUCUUCUAGUGAUAAAGUAAUGACCUUUAACGAUUUGGUCAACUUAGGUGGGUCGUCUGGCUCAGAAUUUCCAAUUGUUGAUGAUUUUAAGCAGAGUGACACUGCUGCGCUAUUGUACUCAUCUGGCACAACGGGAAUGAGUAAAGGUGUGGUUUUGACUCACAAAAACUUCAUUGCCUCUUCUUUAAUGGUGACAAUGGAGCAAGACCUAGUUGGAGAGAUGGAUAAUGUGUUUCUAUGCUUUUUGCCAAUGUUUCAUGUAUUUGGUUUGGCUAUCAUCACCUAUGCUCAGUUGCAGAGAGGAAACACUGUUAUUUCAAUGGCGAGAUUUGACCUUGAGAAGAUGUUAAAAGAUGUGGAAAAGUAUAAAGUUACCCAUUUGUGGGUUGUGCCUCCUGUGAUACUGGCUCUGAGUAAGAACAGUUUGGUGAAGAAGUUUAAUCUUUCUUCUAUAAAGUAUAUUGGCUCUGGUGCAGCUCCUUUGGGCAAAGAUUUAAUGGAGGAGUGCUCUAAGGUUGUUCCUUAUGGUAUUGUUGCUCAGGGAUAUGGUAUGACAGAAACUUGUGGGAUUGUAUCCAUGGAGGAUAUAAGAGGAGGUAAACGAAAUAGUGGUUCAGCCGGAAUGCUGGCAUCUGGAGUAGAAGCCCAGAUAGUUAGUGUAGAUACACUGAAGCCCUUACCUCCUAAUCAAUUGGGGGAGAUAUGGGUGAAGGGGCCUAAUAUGAUGCAAGGUUACUUCAAUAACCCACAGGCAACCAAGUUGACUAUAGAUAAGAAAGGUUGGGUACAUACUGGUGAUCUUGGAUAUUUUGAUGAAGAUGGACAUCUUUAUGUUGUUGACCGUAUAAAAGAGCUCAUCAAGUAUAAAGGAUUUCAGGUUGCUCCUGCUGAGCUUGAAGGAUUGCUUGUUUCUCACCCUGAAAUACUCGAUGCUGUUGUGAUCCCAUUUCCUGACGCUGAAGCGGGUGAAGUCCCAGUUGCUUAUGUUGUGCGCUCUCCCAACAGUUCAUUAACCGAAAAUGAUGUGAAGAAAUUUAUCGCGGGCCAGGUUGCAUCUUUCAAAAGAUUGAGAAAAGUAACAUUUAUAAACAGUGUCCCGAAAUCUGCUUCGGGGAAAAUCCUCAGAAGAGAACUCAUUCAGAAAGUACGCUCCAACAUGUGAUAGAUACUAUCAUUGAUAUAAGAAACUAUCUCUAAAGAGAUCCAACUGUUAAAAAAUAAAGUUAGUUUAGAAUUUUAUGGUAUAUUUUUCAUUACAAAGUAUCUCAGAGAGGCAUACUAGUUUCCUGCCUAUGUAGAAGAAAGUAGCAAACAAAGACAUGGUUUUAGAAUUUUUUUUUUUAAAAAAAAUUUAGUGAUUUGAUUCCUUACUACAAAAAAAUCCCAAAUGUUUUAGAAACUAUUGUUGAUAUUGUAUUAUAAACUAUAUAUGAAUGGUUCCUAAAUAAAAACUAUAUGUGAAAAAAUCUUGUAUUA